UGCUUGAACUCAACUCUGACAUCUGCUCGGCAUGACACCUCACAGGGAGACGCCAUGUUGUUUAGACGGAGUUUAUUCUCGUCUUCUUCCGGUUGACGUUCAGGCUCUUUCACGCUGCAGCGCCACCUCAGGUCAAAGAAGAGAAAAGAAUGAGAGCUAACUUCACUCAGAGAUAUAGAAAGAAAGAGAAAGAAACCAGGCUGUAUUUAAAGACGUCUUGAAAACAAGUUUUAACAAAGUCCUGGAGAAGUGCCCAAUGCUGGAGGACCUCCUGCUUUACCCCUGGCUCAGAUAAACUCCUCUCUGACACAAACACACACGCAUACUGAAUUCACAUCUUGCCAUACAAAUGUGAUACAGUAACCAACUUUCUUUCUUUCAGAAAAAAAGAAAAUUGGGAGAUUCAAAAUUUUCCUCACAGUAAUGUUUGCAUCAGUCUAUCAGAUGAAUCCCCUCCAAGUCCAAUAUUUACAUCAGUUACAGUGAUAAUGCUUGGUGUCUACUUUCAGCCACCGCAGUAGAAUGCCAGGAAUGAAUCUCAUUGAAAUUGUAGUUGCAUUUGCUAUUUAAUUUAAUUGUCAUGGAUGAUACACAGACAACCCAACAGCAAACAGAGGAAAACAAUGGGCUUAAAUACACAGAGGGAUAAAUGAGGGAAUAAGACACAGGAUGAGAGCACAGCUGCGAGAAAUCACAAACAACAAGACCAUGGGGAAGGAAAACUGAAAACACUAACAUAGUCUAAGGAGCUUAGAAAGAAAACGUCUGGACUUCUUUAAGUUGCUUGAAGACGUUCAAGCAAAGUUUAAGUUCUUUUCAUCCCAGAAGGUGAAACAUCUUCAAGCAACUUCAAGUCCAGACGCUUUCUUUCCAAACUCCUUAGACUACGAUGACCUAGAUGACUGAGAACCUUCACAGACAUGAAAACACUAACAUAGCACACAAGACUAUCAAAGUAAAACAGCAAACAAGAGACUUUUACAAAGACACAGAGUUGACACAGAGACAUGACUGACUGGGGAGAAAUUGGGGAAGAUGGAAAGAAGAAUGACUAGACAUGACACGUGGGACACAGGGGCAAGGCAAAGUAACAGAAACCUAAAGCCUAAGAAUAUAACACAAGAAGAAAACAAUAAAGAGAACCAAAAACAUACAUAAGAAUAAUCAAUGAAUAUAAAUGAACAAACACAAAACACUGGGUCACAGACUCAGUACCAUGACAGUUAAAUGUACAAUAAUAAAUACUUCAAAUCAGAUGACAAUGUAGCUGACACUGUGUUUAUUAGUGUGUGGUCAACCACAAAUCUUCAUACUGUCAUCCAUACAUGAGGUCUUUAUGCAAACGAUGAAAGAUAAUGAAAGAAACUGUUGAAUUGAUAUGAAAUGAUUGAAUUAUAUGAAAUAUUAUGGCUUUGUCUGCCAGAGUGUUUUUCUGUAAACUACUUUGAACUACUGGCAGUCAGUGAAGUCACUGAAAGGCAAGAUUCUAUGUUGUGUUGCCGUAGUUUCCAGAGUUUACUUAUAAAGCUCACUUACAGAAUUCAGUUAGAAAAGUCAAGCAUUUGAAGGGCGCACAUUCGAAGGAAUAUUAACUCAAUAUUAACUCAUUACGGUUUACAUUUUCGAGUUUAAAAGUUCUCCGAAAUUACAAUGAAAAAGGAAACAAGAAAAAUUACCACUCCAGCCGAUAAGAAAGAUUCAGGAGAUCAAGAUUGUAAGAGCAGGACUGCUAAAAGAAAGGCCAGUCCUGAAAAGAAGACCCCAAUAAAAAGGAGGAGGGUCGCUGAGCAGGCUGGUCCUUCCACCAGCUCAGAUGUGGUCAAAGGAGUGAAGCGCAAGGUUGUGCAAGAUGAAGAGGGCACAACAAAGAAAGCAAAGAAGGCUAAACUUCUCCACCAUAUGAGCGGUGACAAGGAGCAAGCAUCCUCCUUGUUGGACUCUGGUAAAGACUUGAAUAACAAACAGGUGUGCGCAAAAAAUGGCAAAAGAAAGGCCGCGGGAGACAACAGAGAGUCACCCAAGAAAAAAAAAAGGAAUGUGGACCAGGACAAAAAAUCAGUGGCAGACCAAAAACGUGAAUUCCAAGCCAGAUAUGCGGAGGAGCACCAGCUCGGAGAAGGAGGCUGCGGAGCAGUGUUUGCUGGCUACCGGAUAGAAGAUCGUUUUCCAGUUGCCAUCAAACACAUUCCCAAAAAUAAAGUCUACUGCAAAGUGGCGGAUGAAAGCGGGAAGAAGCUCUCAGUGGAAGUGGCCAUUAUGGUUAAACUUGCAGGUGAAGCAGAAGGGUCAGUGGGAAUAUCUGCACCUGUGUCCUUGCUGGAGUGGUUCGACCUUGGCAAAGAGCUGAUCCUGGUGCUGGAGAGACCUGUCCCCGCUGUGGACCUGCAAAAAUACAAAGCAGAAAAUGGAAGAACUUUAACAGAGGACAAGGCCAAGGUCAUUCUGAAGCAACUAGUUGAUGCUGUAAAGGAACUUGAGGAUAAACACAUCUUUCAUCGGGACAUCAAGGGACAAAACAUUCUGAUUGAGACCGGCUCAGAUGUGCCUCGUGUUCGCAUCAUUGACUUUGGACUGAGCUGCUUUGUUAAACAGCGAUCUCUGUAUCGCAUCUUCUAUGGCACUCCUCUUCACAUCCCUCCCGAGUGGUACAUUAGGAGCUGCUACAGGUGUGGACCCACCACGGUGUGGCAAAUGGGAGUGGUGUUGUAUGAAGCGCUUCAUGCACAAUACUUUAGUACCGCGAGGUUCCUCACAAAGAAACUGAGCAUCAAAAAGCGUCUGUCCACAGAAUGCCGGAAUUUCUUGGACGCAUGUUUAGCUAUAGUCCCGGAGAAGCGCCCAACACUGGAGGAGCUCCAGCUUCACCCCUGGCUAAGAUAACACACACAAACACACAAUUCACACCUUAUCAUAUAAGUAUGAUACAUUGUAGUAACUUUCUUUCUUUUUUCUGUUGGACAGGAAUAGAUAGAAUGGGUCAAUCUUAAAAAAUAAAUAAAUAAAAAUUUAGCUUUUUUGGAGUUCCUGUAACCCCCCCAGCCAUCCCAGGAAAGGGGAUCUCUCUUUGAAUGGGCUUUCCCGAGGUUUCUUCCCAUCGAUCUGGCCCCCUGGGGAGUUUUUCCUCGUCUUCAUAGAGAGCUUGGGCUGGGUCAGGAGCUCCAUCAAAACUGUCUUUAUUUGAUGACUUUAAAAUAAAGAUGUGUUUUACUUAAAUAAAA